AUGAGACCACCAAAAUACCCUAAGGUGAGGUGUUGAAAAGACUGGAGUGUUUCACACUCAACCAUUAAUUCAGUGUUGAGGAAUGGUGGUAGUGGGGAAGCUAUUAUUUGCUUAUUUCUUGGCUGUCCCAGGUGUGAUUAUGUUGCAAGGGUUGCUCAUCCUAGGACUGGACCUAAAAAGCAACACACACACACACACACACACACACACACACACACAUUUUGUUGAGACAUGAUCAUACACGCUAAGAUUUUUCAAAAAAAUUUUUACAUCCAGUCAUCUAGGCAACAAUUAAUCAGUGCUCUUGAGCAUGUUCUCUGUAUUUACAUACUGGACCUGUAGCCAUGUAGAAUAAGUGUGAAGCCCCCAGGUGUUUCAGAUCAGCGGUUGAUGGUGCUCUCUCUCACAUAUGCACACACAGUUUGUUAAUGCAUUGCACACAUCCAGCUGUGCAUUGUUGUGUAAAUUUAAUAACUCCUGGAGAAAGCCACAUAGGUAAUUGCAGGCAGUGUUUGUGUUUGCCACAAUAAAUUUCUAUGACUUAUAUACCAGGCACAUAUUUAAUCCUAGUACUGUAGACAAAUAUCUGCAUUUAUAAUUUGUCCCUGUUUGCACUGUCCUCACAGACCUAGAUCAGUAAAAAGUUACUUGCAAAUAGAAAACGGGGAGAAAUAGUGAAUACUGUAUUUUUUUUAAUUGUCUCCCUUGUACCUUACCACAUAACUUCAGUCACAGAUUAGAAAAAUAUUGCUCUGUACAGUAUUUCAGAUGUAGGUCAGGGAGUCAAGGGUGGUGCCGUAGAUGUAGAAUCGUUAGCAGUGUUGUCUGUGUGAAAACAACACAAAGAUUUGUGGUACCUUAAAUACUAGGUUGUUGGCUCCAGAUGGGUGUUUACGGUGGGACUGAUGCUCCUCAUGCAUGCAACAUUUUUGGAAUGUGCUUAAGACAUUAUCAAAAUGCCAGCCUGUAUUUCUUCACAUUUUAAUCUAGAUUUACGCUUUCUGAGGGAAACCUGAUAAGUUCCUUUUAAAGAAAACCCGCUGCCAAUAACUAUUUUGUGAUAUCUCAGUGACCCUUUUACAGUAUUAAACCCCUGACCGGAAACACCCUUACAAAAUAUUAAUUAUGGCAUAACCUCUAGCGGACCAGUCUACUACAUCAGAUGCAUGAAGGACAAUCCAGAAUUGACAAGCACAUAUCCAUGGGAUGGGGGCAGCAGGAGGAAUCUAGUUUCCAGUUCUGUUAAGUCAACAGCUUGCUCACAAAUGUUAGUGGAAAGAAAACUUAUGAACUGAGUGACCACUUUAGAAAAUGGAUAAUUGAGUCCAUUAUUAAGGCAUAAGUGAAAUGGGUUAUUAAACUGGCACCCAUGCAAACUAGUAUGGGAUUGCAUGUCUUCCAGAAUCCGCAAUAGAUAUGGGGCAACCUUUACUCCAACAGUUACCUAGUUUGUUUGUUUUAAUGAAAAUCAGCAUUAGGAAGCUUCUGUUUUGACCAGAGGAAUACAAUAAAUGGAGAGGGUAAUUAACCAUGUCCUACUGUGGAUUUUUUAUUGCUCAAAGCAUUUACAUCCCCUCUGCUUCCCUUGCUGCAGCGCUCCAGAUGUAUAACUACCAUACUCUUUUACAAACUCAUUUGGAACUCCAUUGUGAGGAGGAGAACAGCUGUGUUGAUCAGGGAAAAAACAGCCAGACAAGAAAGAGUUAAGCACCUUUCUCUGUCUGCCAUGUAUUACUUUGUUGAAAAAUGCAGCCUUCCAGGGCUGAUUUUCAUUUUUUAAAAAAUUGGUUGGGGUUGCUUGUAAUGCAAAGCUUUCAAAGAGUGAAUUGGAAUUAUACUGACUCCAUAAAAUGGUCUGGUUCUCAGUGUGUGAAUGUGGUUGGUGAGGAGGAGGGAUAGGAAACUAUUGCAAAAAUGUAUAGUCAAAACGCAUGUAAAACUGUGUUUAUUAGGAGAAAUCCACACCACACUAAAAUGCUAAUGAAAUUUAAUGAGGAUCUUUUUUAAAAAAUGUAAAAUGAAUGUGGAGAACUGAAUUUAACAUGGGCGGGGGAUAUAAAUGGAGAGAACCAAAACUGACAGAUUAUUCGAUCCCUAAUGAGGAGAAUGUUAAAACACAAGUCCGAGUUCAGGCAACACACCAAGCCAAAUCUUGGCUUAAUUUAGUGCAACACUGUUGUGCAAAAAGGACCAGGGAGGUGCAAAGUGGCAGUGAGCUCCUCUCCAGGUGCCUGCAUGAUCACUUUGGCUUAGCAAAAUGUGCCACUUUGCUGUUUAAAUGCAAGCUUGCAUAUGGAUGCUAGAUUCCUGCGUGUACAUGGAGUAAAAACACACACAAACCUUUAUGGUUAUAUAGAUUUAUGCAGUGCUUUUUUCUUAAAAAAAUGUUUAGGGGUACUCUCAUUUUCCUACUCAUGUUGAAAUACUGCCCCUCAGUGAGGCUAAACAUAGAUUCACAAAAUGCAUAGCUGUAAACUUUUCCCUUUUCUUGCAAGGAAUCCUAUUCGGAAUAAGGGAAUUUCCCUUAAAAAACGGGAAAUGUUGACAGCUAUUAAAAUGUUUAGGGGUAUGCUUACCCCUGCGUCCCCCCUAGAAAAAAGCACUGGAUUUAUGUAUAUAAUGGUAUGGAACUAACGGUUCUGCUAGUGCAAGCAGUUUUAGUCGCACCGUGGAAAUCCCCCUCCCUCUACUUGCUUUGCACACCCCAUGCAGGGGGAAGAAGGUGGGGAAGUUCCAUUGCGCAGCUAAAACUCCUUUCGCUAGCAGAACUGUUUAGUUGGAUAAUGCCCAGUAUGUUUUUCUAUCUGCAAUACUGGCAUACAGUUUUUGUCAUACAGUUAUUAUAUGGCUUUGUUUCCUUUCUGCUGUCAUAGGACUGUAGUCUGCACUGAGUUCAGCUUUCUCCCUUCUAGUUACAUAUAUUUUGUGUGGUCAACAUCAGACCCUCCAGGUGUCUCGAUUUUCCAGGGAUACUCCUGGAAUUACAGGAGCUGUCCCAGUUUCUGAUUUGAUCCCGGAAUGUCCUGGUUUCCGUUCGCUGGAUAAAUCUUGGAGGGGAUUGAAUAGGACAUCCCUAUUUUCAUUAGAUUAAUGUUGGAGGGGAUGGAAUAGGGUGUCCCUAUUUUCCCUGGAAAAAUGUUAGAGGGGCUGGAAUAGUGCAUGUGACUGUACACUAAUGUUUUGAAAAGGCAUUCCCAACAUCUGCCUAAAAAGCAGCCAGAGAAAGCUACCAGGAAACAGGGGUCAUUCCCAAGAAACAAGGAUAAAUGGAGCAUAUGCACUAAUGCUAAAGCAUGGCCAUUUCACAUUACAUGUACUAGUGGAUCUAGUUUCUGCACCGUAGAAACUAUCUGUCCAGAUAGAAAAAGAAAGGGCUGUGCACAUUGGAAUAAUGAUGCAAAAUAUUGGGUAGCAGCUGCAUCAUACAUUUGUAGCACUCUCAGUGGUGUAGGAUCAGUUGCCAGUGCCCAGGGCAAGGUGCAAAAGGGGUGGGGUGCUGCAGCUCACCUGUAGCGCGCCCCCAGGAAGCUCCACUGGUCAGGCCCAGGAGCUGGCAUGCCACUCCUCAAGGCUCACACUGAUGCGCUCCAGUGGCACUCCACUGUGUCUGCAGCUUGGCUGGUGGCUCUGCAGUGGCCCCAGGGAAGGAGGGAACCGAGGGGGCUGCCCGGUGCAGCAGUGACCGGGCGUGCAUGGCAGUGGCAGCCAUGGUGCGAGAAGCAUGUGGCACACCACCCCAAGGCACUGAUGGGGUGGGCAGUGAGAGGGGGCUCUGCCCCAGUAGGGGGUCCUGGCUGGCUGCCCACUCACAGCUCAUCUGGCCACCCAGAAGACAUGUGCACUGGACACACCAUGCAUUACCAGGCCAGAAAAGGGAGCCAACUCCCUCCCAGUCUCGUAGCACCUUCGGACCCACUGUGGCCCAGUUGCACCCUUCUGAAUGUGUGCUCGGGGGCAGGGCGAUGGCCGCUGCUCCCCCCCCCCCCCGCUACACAUCUGAGCACUCUUAUUCCACUUUAAGAGUAAAUUACUUCCGGCAAAGAAUAUUGAAAGGUGUAGUUUGUUAAGUGUCUCCUAACAACUCUUAGUUCCCCUAUACUACAUUUCCUGGGAUUAUUUGAGGGAAGCUGUGACUGUUAUACGGUGUGGAUGUGGCCUCACCCACAUGAAAGCAGCCCAUCUAAACUUAGUGCACAAACCCCACAUCCUUUCUGAAAGCUAUUGUGUAACACAGAUCAUCCUCUCCAGUAAGAACUAAGAGAUGGCUGACAAAUACACAUUGCUUCUCUUGAGUUACCUCAUGGCCUACUUUGUGUAUAGGGUUGUCACCUAGGGGAGGGGGCAGGAAAGAACAGUGUGGCCUGUUCUUGAGGUCCUAACAGCUUAAUUAUAGGUGAACUGCUUCACAGCAUAUAGAUGUUCUGCUAAAAUCUGAAUACCAAACUGGUUUUAAAAGCCUAAAAUCAGAGGCCACUUCAAAAUAUGGCAAUUCCGUUAGUGCACCUUAGCUAGCAACUGCUAAUUAGGGGAGGUUAUAGCUCUUUCUUCUUUAAAAUGAAGGGUCAAAUUGCACUGGGCACUAAAUGUACAGUUACAAACCACAUAUGUUUUUGUUUUAAAUAACAGGCAUGGGACCCAGAUUUUCAUCAGCUCAGUACACCCUUUCCUUUCCUGUUGUGGUCUCCAGAAUAAUCCCCCUAGGCUAUUAGCUUGUGGGGACAACCCCAAUUGUAAAUGUUGUUCCCUAGUAGGACAUUGGGGGUGCAUUUUCAUUAGCAACACUGAAGGGGGGAAAGGUUUAAACCUAAUCUCCUCAUAUACCCUCCCCUUGUGUGUGCUAUGCAUUUUAAAAACACACACAUACAGACAUAAACUGCACACAUAUACGUACAUUUAAAACACAUUCUAAGUACAUUACAGUAUUUCCCUCAAAGAAUCCCGGGUACUGUAGUUCACCCCUCAGUUACAAUUCCCAGCAACCCUUAGCAAACUACAAGGCCCAGAAUUCUUUGAGGGAGGAAAUGUGCUUCAAAUGUGCUCUGGAGGUAUACUGUAUAUACAAGAGUUUGUAAUGAAGCAUUGCACAUCACAUCUAGUUUGGCCCUUGAAAUUGGAAGCAACUAUGGAAGGGGACUUUUGAGCAGCAACCAUUAUUUCUCAGAUUUUGAGUACCAGGUGUGUUUCAGAUGAGUUUUCUGUCUUCCAGCAACAGCCAAAAACCAGCUUCUUUUGAAGAAUCAAAUACUGUUUGUGUUUGGACAUGUCUCUAACUACAGUAACUUGUCCAUUCAGCCAUCUUAACUCCACUAGGAGGCAAAUGGCUCUGCUGCCACAUAGUCAACUCACCCAAAGUAACAGUUGGGCAAAUUCUUUACCACACCUGGUGAGGAAUGCAAAGUAGCACUACUAAAUUUCAGAACAAAAAUAUUUAUCUAUGGAGCGUGAGCUACACUCUAGACCAUGGGUAGGCAAACUAAGGCCCGGGGGCCGGAUGCGGCCUGCGGAUGGCCCAGAAAUCAGCAUAUUUUUACAUGAGUAGAAUGUGUGCUUUUAUUUAAAAUGCAUCUCUGGGUUAUUUGUGGGCCACUGGAAUUCGUUCAUCCCCCCCCCAAAAAAAAAAUAUAGUCCGGCCCUGCACAAGGUCCGAGGGACAGUGGACCGGGCCCCUACUGGAAAAGUUUGCUGACCCCUGUUCUAGACCUGGAUGAGUCCAGAGCCCCGUAGUUUGGGGGCCCAUCUUCAGGACACAGCUGAAAGCAAAACAUGGCAGUUAAACCACACAAUUAAUAUCCGUAAUUGAAUCUAUCUACCGGUAAUUACGUACCCAUCUACCAUACUGAAUGUAUUUAAUGUAAUACAGUACACAAACAGGCGCCUCUUUCCGGCCAGCCUGGAGCCGCGAGGAGGCAGCUGCCCACGGACGGGCCUCGAAGCCGCUGCCGGGACGCCCUGCGCCCGCCCGGGGCUGCCCAAGAGGGAAGGAGGGGAGCGCCCGCCGCUCCUUUCGGCCUCCCCGCCCCCCCCCCCCGCCAUGCCAAUCGCCCUCCCGUUAGCUGGAUGCUCGAGGGCGGGGAUGAAGAGGCUCCCGCAAUGCCUGCUGGGGGGUGUAGUUUCAGUGGGAAGGAGAACCAGAGAGGGGGCAGUUUAAUUCCCCCUCGUUCCUUGAAGAAAGCGACUCUUCGGGUUGGUGUGGUUUUGGCAUCCAUGGUCAGGCCAGGGCCGCUCUACAUGCCUUGGAGGACUCUACUCUAUGACCACCAGAGCGCGGGAAACUGGAGGGGCUGCGGGGCGGGCGAGGCUCUUCGCCGCUCGCCUCAGGCUCGGCAGGGCGGAAUGAGAGGGGCAAUGGGGGAGCUCUUCCUCUGUGGCAUUUCUGCCCGCCGUGAGGCUGUUGGCGGCGUUUUGGGAGAGCCUGAGCGUCAGGCCCCCCGAGACGGGGAGGGAAGCUUCGCCUGCCUUCGGGGUUCUCCCUCGCUCGGCCCCCCCUGCGCCCCCCAAGCCGAGGGCCGCGGAGGUUUCCCCCUGGAAGUGAAGAUGCGCCGCCGGGCUGCAAUCCCUUUAUUUUAAAACAAACGGGGCUGCAAUCUCUUCCCUGUUUACCUGGGAGUAAGCCCGAAAACGAACCGAGGUGGGGUUUUUUUUGGGGGGGGAGUCAUGAUUGUAGCUAAACCUGAUUUGAAGGGUAGUGGCUGAGGGCUGUUUAUUUUUGUGCUAUAUUUUGUUGUGCAAGUUUUUAGAGAUUUCUCCCCCCUAACCCCCCCCCAAAAAAAACAUAGACACACCACACAAAUUAUCCCAGAUCUUUCAUCAGGAGCUGAAAGCUACUAUCUCCUCAUUGGUAAAUUGGGAUUCUUACAGGAAAUUAAAGGAAACAAACAGUAACACAUGCUUUGUAUAACUUUCCAGAACUGGAGCUUUCAAGUGGAGCUCUUUGGGAUUGUCCUGACUUUGGAACAUGUGACUGGUUUCAAAUCCCAAUACAGUGGUACCUCAGGUUAAGUACUUAAUUCGUUCUGGAGGUCCGUUCUUAACCUGAAACUGUUCUUAACCUGAAGCACCACUUUAGCUAAUGGGGCCACCCGCUGCGCCACCAGAGCACAAUUUCUGUUCUCAUCCCAAAGCAAAGUUCUUAACCCAAGGUACUAUUUCUGGGUUAGCGGAGUCUGUAACCUGAAGUGUAUGUAACCGAGGUACCACUGUAUAGCAUUUCAGAAACCAUAACCUUCCUUCCAGCAGUGUGUGUAUGUUCCUGUGUGAAUUGGGACUUCCUAGUAAUUUUAAUAUUAUUAUUAUUGAUUACAUUUUUAUGCCACGUUUUCUCCAAAUAGGUUCAAGGUGGUGCACAUGGUUCUCCCCAUUUUAUCCUCACAACAAGCCUGUGAAGUAGGUUAGGCUGAGAGAUGGUGAGUGGUACAAGGUCACCCAGUGAGCUUCAUGGCCGGGGGGGGGGUGUCCAAAACUCUAGCCCAGGGGCCAGCAAACGUUUUCAGCAGGAAGCCGGUCUAUUGUCCCUCAGAUCUUGGGGGGGGGGGGGCAGACUAAAUUUUGAAAAGAAAAAUGAACGAAUUCCUAUGCCCCACAAAUAACCCAGAGAUGCAUUUUAAAUAAAAGCACACUUUCUACUCAUGUAAAAACACGCUGAUUCCCUGACCAUCCAUGGGCUGGAUUUAGAAGGCGAUUGGGCUGGAUCCGGCCCCGGGCCUUAGUUUGCCUACCCAUGCUCUAGCCACUAUACCACUCUGGCUCUCAGUAUAGUGAAAUAAAAUUGCCAACACAUUUGUAAAGCUAAGCAGGGUCUGGUAUGGUUUCAAAUUGGAUGGGGGACUGCAUGUUGAGAACUCCAGCAUAGCAGGGGGUGGACUAGAUGACCCUAUGGGUCUCUUCCAAUUCCACAAUUCUAUGAUUCUAAGUUUUGUGGGGUCUUUAAAAGACUGGCCAAUGCAUAAAGUAUAUUGGGCUAGUGUUGUUAAUAAGUGUGUUAAGCUUUUUAAUUAACCCUUUUUGAGGCUGCAAAUAAUUUUUUGUGUUAGGCAACUGUUCUGUUCAACCUCCACACGGGCUGCCCAGUCCACUGGGGGGGGGGCAGUGUACAAACUUGCCCUCCCCCGGGCACCAGCAACCCCAGCUAUGCCACUGUCAACAUAGACAUUGAGUCCCUGUCAGGAUAAAAAGACAGAAUACUACUACUACUACUACUACAGUACUACUACUACUUUAGAAGGCUUCUAGUUUCGGCCUAACAAGGUUGUGGGGAAUUAAACAAGGAUGUACACUAGCUUGAGCUCCUUGGAGGAAAGGUGGGGUAUAAAUGCAAUUAAUAAAUAACAAACAAAUAAUGAAAAAAUAGAGUACACAUACAAGUCUGCAAAGGCAGCACUGCGUUCCUCCUCCAAGGACCAAUCCUAAAAUAUUCCAAAGGCACCUUAACACCUUAACUUAGCUACAAGGCACACUGGGAAUUGUAGUUCUUUCUCCUUGAUGAGUUUCCUGCAGGGCUGAUGAUAGUCACCAAGGCAAAUGUCCUUUACUCCCCGCCCCCCCCUUCAUACUGUGGCUGUCAACAGGUGGCAGUUUUGUGCUGCGCGCCAAACAUAUGCAGGACUCAGCUCUAUCACUGCCAGCAUUGCCAUGGUGCCUGACACCGGUGAGAGGGGGAAAACAAAGAAAAGUGCCAAAGCUUCCCUCACAAGUGUGAAUUUGAGUCUUUGUGCUCUUGCUGGGAGUUAGCCCCUGGGGCUCAGACUGGCCAAUACUUUCCUUAGACAAUCAGUUUUCCUUUGCCCAUAUGGUGGCCGUUGGUUGCCACCCUGGCACAAACCAAUUGAGAAACAGGGUUUCCUCCAUGGCACCACUGCCACAUAGCCAGUGUUAUCCUUUUCACUUAGAUUUGGAGUAGGAACAUAGAGAUAAAAUGGAAGAGAAUGGCAGUUGCCGCUAGCGACACUUUGUUGGUACUUAGUAAGGGCCACUUAAAAAGGCCUUGAUGGCUGCAUGUGGGAGGUGUUGGACCAUCCUGUUUUACUCUGUAGUUGCCAAAUCUGUCAACUAGGGCAGGCUCAAGACAUUUUGCUGCCUGAGGCAGAGCAGCACAUGGUGCCUCUCUCCCCAAAGUCAAGGUGCAUAUUAGUACCCACAACUGGUCAAAUUAUUUGGCACCCAAAACAGAACAUCCCACAACAACCUCUCCUUGGGAGUAAAUAUAAAAGAAUAAUACAUUACAAAACAACCAUCUGCUGACCUUUCUUGACACACCCAGAAUUAUAUGCCAGAGGCAACCACCUCACUUUGCCUAAUAGUAGAGCUGGCUCUGCAAUCAACAAUGCCUGAGAUAUUUUGGGAUUGCAUGUGAAGGGACUUUUGAUGGAUUUAAUGUUCAAGACAAUCCAGCAUAAGGGGAGAAAGGAGUAGGGUGGCUGUGUGUCUUCCUUAAAAGACAACAGUCCUGUUUGAAGAGGUCCUCUAUCAAAAGAGCUGUCUGGUCAAGGAGCAAUUUUAAGAUAAAUAACUAUGGAAAGGGAAGUCGAGGCCUAUCAGCAAUUAGCACCUGGACAGCUACAGUGGGGUAUAUUAUAUUUCUGAUUAAGAAUUAAAUUACCGUAUAUCAAUUAUUUCUAAAUUGGAAUCUUUCUCCUUUUGAUAGGGAUACCUUCCUUCUUCUUUGGUUAAGUACCAUGUAUAUGGUCACCUUGCAGACAAACUAUUUAAAUAAGUACAUUAGUAAUUGGAUUUUAUUUUCCCCUGCCUUGGUGGUUUGAUGCUGUUGUCAGUGGUGCUGUCAGAACAGGAGUUGCAGUGCCCUGCCCCCGCCCCUCAGGGUCAUGAGGUUCAGGAUGGCUUUCAAACCUAAGGUGCUGGCUAUGCACAAGUUGAAAUACCAGUUAGAGUCCUCACUCAUAAAACCAUUAAGUCCUGAAUCUAAAAUUGCUUAACUGUACCACUCAUGGAACUUUGUCCUAUUUACCAGAGACAGAUGCUUCCAGAAAAUAUAGUAAAUCACUAUUCCUAUUUUGCUUAUCAGUGAAUACUUUUUAACAAAUUAUGUGUGCUGCCAAAAUAAUUAAAAUAUCAGGUUUCAGCCACUUUCCCCAAGUCUCUAGAAAUUAAAUAUCUGGGAUAGUAUUUAAGUAUGUUUUACUUAGAGUCAUUAAAAUUAAUGAACAAACCUAAGUUAGGUCCAUUAAUUUCAGUGGCUCUUCUCUGAGUAAAACUUAGUUGAAUACCAUUCCUGGGAGUGAGGAGGUGGGGGGGGGGUUGCAUCACUUCACUAGUGCACAAACCUGCUCAUGUACACAUGUGCACACUAAAGUAUCAUGCAGUUCACAGUUUGGCAGGUCAAGAGGCAGGCAGCUGAGGUGAAUUUUGAAGCGUUGAUACCACAUUAUAAGUAAUACAUGAUUAAAAAUAUUCUACCAUAUACUGAAUUGAAAGCAAAUGCUCCCUUGGAUUUCAAAUCAGGGUAAAUAAGCACAGAGGAGAAGCUUCACCAGUGCAUGAUGGUGGUUGAAGGAUGUUCUGGCAGUGAGAAAUGUGGAACUCAUUCGUAAAAGUUCUGUGGGUCAGUGUUAUUAGAAAUGUUACACAAUCAAUUGUCCUUUUUAUAGUUAUAUUUCCUCUAAAUGGUCUAGUGUGAUUUCUCCUGUGUAUUUGUAUAAUUUUGUGUGACACACAAACUCGCAUAACCCAUAUACCUACAUUUCUGUGUCUGUGUGGUUAAGCUAAAGUCAGAGACAGUUCUGUUGUAUUUGAUUUCUCAAAUGAGGAAAGAAAAAAAUGUUGUUCUUGAGCAAAAGGGUAGGUUGACACAGACAAAAAGAUCGAAUUUUUCAUAAUUUCCAUAUAGUCAGAGGAGAAAAAGUACCUCAACCCUUGGUGAUAAGCAGAGUACAUAGAGAAAUUGGGCUGUGACAAGGCCUGCCUGUGGCUUCCUCGUGAUAUAAAUACUGGUUUGUUUUUGAGGAUUCUUCACAAUUUAUCCAUCUGCUGACCUCAUCUGAUCGGAAAAGCCCCAGGCGGUAAGUUGAUUUGCUUUUCAGAAUAUUUGAGCUUGAAGGAUUUGAUAAAACCAUUCUUUGCAUUAGGAAGGGGGAGAUACCAUAAAAUGGGAUGAAUAAAAUCGUUGAUUAUAGUUCAAUUUGGGUCAGUCUAGAAUUAUUAGACUAUAAGCCGGUGAGAUAGAGUCCGACCUCUGAUUUGCAGCAGUCACUCUCUGGCUUGAAAAUGAGCAAGGCCAGAUUCUGUUAUUUGUCCUUCUAGCAACGGAGUGGCUGAACGGACUAUAUUUUGUUAGACCUGAAGUUCACCUGUCACAGAACUUGAAGUGAUGACAUUGUUUUCUAUUGAGGUGCAUCACUUGGCUCAAGUUACUUUUAAUAUAAACCACUGGACUUGAGAAUAGUAACUUCGCUUCUCCAGGGUAUAGAAUUUACACACCUUUUUUUUUUCAGUGGCACCCCAUCCAAAUGAACCUGUUUAUGUUCUCAUUUAUCUUGUGUACCUGCUAACACUGGUGCAUAGGCUUGCAAUGUCUAUUGGGGUGGGAGAAAUGUAACUCACUCAGCUUUGUUAGUUUUGAAAUACUAACGAAUAUGGUAUUUUGGAGCUAGGAGUUCGUGGUGAAUAGCAGGAGAAACAAUAGACAAAAGGAAGUACUUCUUCACAUCACACAUAGUUAAGUUAGAGAAUUUCCUACUACAAUGUGUGGUGAUGGUCCCCAACUUGGAUUACUUUAAAGGGGGAUUAGACAAAUUCAUGGAUGAUAAGGUUAUCAGUGGCUACAAGCCAUGUUGAUGAUGACCGUAUCAUCCAGCACGUAUCAUGCUGGGGACAAACAAAAGAAAAAGCUUUGUAGAGGCAUUCAAUUGCUCAGCGCUGAAAACAAUAAUGAUAAAUGAAAUCAACUAGCAAGACUGUUAUUGUGUACUUUUAAACAAGCUUCUCCACAGAUAGCAGUGAUGGGCAUUUCCAUAUGUACAAAAGGAGGUGUGCAUAGAACAUCCCUCUCUACUGAAGCCACUUGGAAAUAUUUUGCAUGGUGAAAACUCAAACAUAGAGCUUACUAAAGCCAAUUCACAUUUGCUUGAUUGGGGCAUUUUACUUUGGCUUAAUCAUUUAUUGAGUUAUACAACCUUUUUAGGAGUCUAAAGCGGGGGUAGGCAAACUAAGCCCCGUGGGCCGGAUGCGGCCCAAUCGCCUUCUCAGUUUAGCCCACGGACGAUCCGGGAAUCAGCGUGUUUUUACAUGAGCAGAAUGUCUCCUUUUAUUUAAAAUGCAUCUCUAGGUUAUUUGUGGGGCCUGCCUGGUUUUUUAUAAGAGUAGAAUGUGUGCUUUUAUUUAAAAUGCAUUUCUGGGUUAUUUGUGGGGCAUAGGAAUUCGUUCAUUUCCCCCCUAAAAAAAUAUAGUCCGGCCCCCACAUGGUCUGAGGGAUGGUGGACUGGUCCACGGGUGAAAAAGGUUGCUAACCCCUGGUCUAAAGGGUAUCUCUACCUUUAGGUAUUUCUAAAUGUAUUUAUUCCUCCACUAAAUUUGAGUUAAAAUGCUUGACAAAAUGUUGUGACAUACAACAUCCCAUAUGGAAUAUUAAUUAUGGUUUCCUAAAAUGGUAUUAUUAAUUUGAUUUUAGUCUCUCCGUCACCUUUUUCAAUUUGUUGAGACUUUUAAUUGUCUUGCCUCAUUGCAACUUGAAAGGCAGAUCAAAGGUAGGAUGAUAUAUACAUUUUUAAUUUACUAUUGGAUUUAGACAUGGAGGAAGAGAAGGCAAGAAAAAAAGGAGGGAAUUCACUUUCUGAUAUUGCAGCUCUGGGUGAUUUAAUAUAAAUUAGCUACAAUUUGAGAUGUGAUGUAACAGUUCCUGCUGAAAAUCUUGGAAUAUCUCAGUAAUUUCUCUUGGUUCUUUGCAGUAACAUAUUGCACUCAGUAGUUUAAUUGAUCCACGUAUUAUAUGCAUCAUAUUUAUUAUAUAUCACAAAUUGCCCUAGAGCAAUGCUCCCCUACUUGACACCCUUCAGAUAUUUUGGAUUAUAGCUUCUAUUAGUCUUAACCAGGAAGGCUGUUGGACCAGUUCGAGGUCUAUUUAGACAUGUACUUGUACAUGUACUUGUAUUGUCCCCACCUCCAGCUGGAAAGUCCAUAUGGGAUAGCUAGAGCAUUCAAGCAGAGGGGGCAAGGAUCCUGAAUACCUCAGUUCUACUCUCAUACCAAGAGGCAUGAGGGUAGAACUACACUAUACGGUACAUGCAACAAUGUCCAAUAAAAAUGAAUGGCCACUUCUAUUAGAGCAAACUCUGUUGGAGUGGAGAAGAUUGUGUUUAAUUCUUGCCCAACCCUCUACUUUUUCCCACAAUUCAUUUCCACCAAACACUUACCUUAAAAGAGUUCCAGGUGCUUCCUUGCUUGUGGAUGUGGAUGGGUGGGUGGUGAGUUCCAAUAGAAAAGUGACAGGUGUGGGGGCAGAGGGUGAAGCACUCCCUUCCCAUUGCUGUUUCUCCUCCACAAAUCUCCUACUGAAAUGACUUUGCCGAAAAUAUAAGCUUUCAGUGAAGUUUUGUUAUACAGUGUAUAAUAUACACAGUUUUAUAUAUAACAUUGGUUAAGUUCUGACCUCAAGAAGGAAAAUAAUACGUAUGAGGCAGCAAUGGGCAAUUAAUAGAUCAUGGCCCAUCUCUUCCAGACAAGAAUUCCCAGCAAAAGUCAAUAGAACAAUUGGAUGGUUUUAAUUGUAGACUAGAGGGGUUAUUGCGUGCCGGGGGGUGGGGGUGGAUACUGUUUCCAUCGCAUAUAGAGAGAGAUCCUACAUCUCUCCCAUUAUAUCUUCUGUCUCUGAAUUGAGGGUGACUGCAUAGCAUCUCACAGCAAACUCUUUAGGAGUCUUCUAGAUCAACCAUCCCAUAUGAUAUAAUAAUAGUAAAUUCAGAUGGUGACUGCCAACAUGACUGUAACCGAAAUGGGGCCAAUGAGGAAAUAUAGGAAGGUAUCUGCACUCAGCAGGUUUGGUGGGAAACCAAGGUUUAUAGAACUAUAACAACCUUUUUUAAAAAAAGAGCUGGUUUGGAGUGUUGAUUAGAGAUAGACUAUGACCUGUGAGACCAGGGUUCAAGUUCCCACUGUGCCAGGAAGCCCAUUGGAUGACUUUGGGCCAGUCACUGACUCUCAGCCUAACCUACCCAACAUGGUUGUCUGGGUAAAAUGGAGAGAAGUAUGUGUGCCACCUUGAGCAGUGGGAUAUAACUGCAAAAAUAAAGAACAAACAAUGGAGACAACCACCCCCCAAAGACAACACAAUAAGAACUGAGCAUACUCAGCGCACACUGAUUGUUGACUAAUUUGGAAAACCCAAAUGGAAAUCUGGCGUGGGGUGGAAUAGCCCACUGGGGAAAGGCAUGGCAGGUGCCUGGCUGACAUGGGGGGGGGUGAACUAGCAUUUUUUUGAAGGUCCCUGUUAUACUUCAGCAUCUGUUUUUGGCCUUCAUUAAAUGUAAUUUCUUGCCACUAAUAUAGAAGUUCAGAAUGGCUGAUAAUUUAGAUAAAUUUGGUUUGCAGUUUUGAUAACUGAAUUAACCAUCACACAUUAGAAGCCAGUUGGUUUACUGUGCUUAUCUCCUUGCUGAUAUCCCACAUAAACAAAAAUGCAUCCAUAAGGAGACACAAGGAGGCAUGUUUGAGACUCAGAAACAACUUACAUUGGAAUAAAAUCUCAAUGGACAUGGAAUAACUGGCAUUCGUUGAUUAUAGUCAUAGCCAUUAAUGUGUGCCUAUUUCCCUCACGUACCUAUGAUUCCCUGACAAGAGGGCUUGAUUGCUAUUCUGGGAAUUGUAGUUCUGCGAGGGUACUAGGGGUCUCCUAACAAUGCUUAGCAUCCUUAACAAGCUCAUUCCCAGGAUUUUUGGGGGAAGCCAUGACUGUUUAAAGUGGCAUAAUAUGGCAGAUGGGACCUAUGUUUUUGGAAAGUGAGGAAGACCUACCCUUUUACUAUUCUGUAACUUAAGAAUUCUUAAAACAGAUGGUUAAAGAAGGUUCAAUUGCUUUAACUCUGUGUUAGUUGGGCCUGAGUGCACAUUGUAUGCUCGAGCUGGAUAUUUUUUUUAGUGGGCCAUUGUAUUUCCAACCCUCAGUCCACUAAAGCUACCAUGUGAAGGGAAUUUUUAACCUCACGGAAGCGGUUAGAUGCUCAGUUUGACGUAUAGGAAAGAACUCAGCAUUCGGCACUAAUACCAUAUGACGCACAUACGCUGGGAACAGGUGUCAGCAAUUUGAAACCCAUUGUGGGGUGGCAUUUUCUCCCCCUUUCUAGGAAAUGAACAUAGGCAAAGCUUACUGAUAACAAGUAAGAUGACAUCAAAACAGGUUGAGGGAAGGGUGUGGCGUCUAGCGGUUAGAGGAAGGCUGAAGCGGGGGGGGGGGGAAUCUUGAUUGGGGGGGCGCUUUUUACACCGGCAUACCAGCUAGAGGACUCUGUUGAUGAGCACUAUAAAUGUUGUAGUAAAUAAUAACAAUAACAAUAAUAAUAAUAAUAAUAAUAAUAAUAAUAAUAAAUUCCACUGAUAACUCAUGGAUAUACUAGUGUUGUGUGCGCCGCAAUCUCUGAGCAGCAGUGAAAGACUUUAGGGGUUCCAGUGCCCACCUGAGGUUCGGUUUUCUUUGAAUGAAGCUCAACAGAAACUACACAUACUGUAUCUACAAUCUGAGCACAGGGUGGAAGGCUCGAGGCAUUGACACUCCAACAGAUCUUGUUUUCCUAUUAGGUUUCCAUUUCCAGAGGUCCUACAGCUUCAUCCAAACUCUCUCAUACAUUGGCUCUGGCUAUUGUUCUCCUUCGUACAAGAUGAUGUUGUGGCUGGUCAGGUGACAGGGUGAGGAAAAUGCCUACUCCCCUCCUGGAGAACAUCAUGAACCUAGUUGUCUCUCUGGUAGCCUGGCAACCUUUUUAGUUGUGCAGUUAGGAGUGCUUACCUGAGUCAGCUAGACCAUUAACCUAACAAAGAAACUGGGUAGACCAGUUCAGUUAUUUCUUGAACAGGCCUUCAUUUUGUAGCUACAAAACCACUGGCUUGGUUGGGGGGCCAUGGGCAUCAUCCAAACCAAUCCCUAAGUCCUAUAAUACUAUUUUUAUUGUGUAGUCCUUAGGAAGCAUGAUAUGUAAAUGCCGCCUGUCAAUAGCACUUCCGGAUUGGAGCUGGACUAACCAAUGCCUCAUCCAAAUUCCUCAUCCAGUUCAUCUCUACAGUGCCUAAAUGUAGUAGGCUGGUUUUGUACCCUUCUGUCCGCCAUGCGUGCAACCCAAGCGACUCCAGUAGCCCCAUGAAGGGAUACAGAGAUCUCACACUACGACUUCACAGCACUUCCACAGACCUGUAGCUCCUAGGAUUCUUGGAGAGGCAAGCCAUGUCUGCUAAACCAGUCUCAAACUUAAAAUGCCCUUAGUCUAAUAGGGUUAAAUUUAUGGUACAGUCAAAUCUUGUCCAUAGCUGUUGCUGAAAAAUCAACUCCAAAAUUAAGGUACAGUAGAGGACAAUCAAAAAAAGAUUUGUUUUCAGCUAUAUGGCAGACAAUUCUGUCAUUUAAACAGUGGCAACAAUGUUCAAACGCCUCCAGUGAAACGGAUUUCUUAGUAACUCUUCAGCUUCAAGUGAGAAUAUCAUUAAGACCCCAAGGACAACACCCUGAUACUUACAAGUAAAACAAAUAUUUUAAAAGAGCAUGAUACUACCUUCCAAUAUCAAUGUUAUUUUUCCAAGGGAUUGUGAUGCAAUUACCCAGAUUUGUAUAUUUGUGUGUGUAUGCAUGUUUAAUUUUAACUAAAUUGCAUUCCUCCUUUAUUUCCUUAUUGCUUAUAUGUUAUUGAAUUAUAUCCAUUUGAUUAAAUAAAUAAAAAUAUAUACUAAAAUAUAUAGCUAAAGUAAUUAACUGUGCUGGCAAAAAUUUAAAGUGCUGCUGGCAGGCAUUUAAUUUCAUAUUCUGUGUUGGAAAAUUUUAACUGCCAAUGAUUUUUUGAAUUGUGCUCUAUAGUAUUGUUGUGUUUUGAUGUUUUAUAUGUUUUGUUUUCUUUAAAAAAUGGAGCCCCAUGUUAUGGCCAAGAAAGGCAUUAAACAUUUCCCAUAAUCAUCUCUUCAGAGAAGACCCACUGAGCUAAAUGGACUAACAUUAGUUAUGUCUGUUGAUUUCAGUGGGUCUCCCUUCUGUAAGACCAGCAUUGGACAAAACACCUUUUCAAAAGGAUGCACUUUUCCUCAGCAUCUUCAGAAACCUAUUCUAUUAUACUUAGGUGUUUGUUUACUUGACAGGUGCUCCUUUCCCCCCAAAUCAUUUCAUUUUACAUAAAAUAUCAAUUCAUAGCAUCCCCCGCCAGUGCUUGGGGUGGACCAAAGUUGUUGAGCUUUUCUUAGGGCAGCCAAUUUCAGGCAGCGCCCAAUAUACCUGGCUACCGUCACGCUGCUCUCAAGCUCCCCUGCUGCCUGGAAUCCCACCCCCAGAUGCACAGCAGCCACCAUGCCACCCUACAGACCCCCUGCCACUCUGAGCCCACCCACCUACCCCUGGCUAACUACGCUACUGCUUGACGUCUCCCAGGCUUCUGUUGCCUUUUGGCAGAACAAAGGUGUUAGUCCUUUUGCAAGCAACCUAUGGCCCAGUGGGAAGAUGUUAAGUCAGCUAGUGAUACAGAACAGUUUCUUAUGCCCACUACUCUCUUUAGUCAGCACUGUUUGUUGCCAAUGCACCAAAUGUGGAAGAUAUAGAAGCACAAUAUGCAUACAUAAAGACAUUUAAGCAACUGUGUGUGCGUGUGGGAAUCUGGGAAAUCUAGUGUGCUGCUCCCUAGUGGCCACCCGGCCGUAGUAACCACCAAGCAGCAGGUUCUUUGGAUCUCAGCAAAUGGAGGGCAACAUACGUACACUUAGGCAGCAGAAGCCACCUUUAUUAACAAUUAUAAUAAUAACCAUAGAAACAGAAACAGGUGCUAAUAUACAAAACAAAGAUAAUUAAAGGACAUUAGCAGAGAGGCAGAUUAACAAUAUAGAAUAAAGUAAUAACUAACAAAAACUAUAAAGCCAAUAAUAACUAAUAUAAAAUAUAGGCAAUAAGCAAAGAUUUUUGGUGAGAGAAAUAAUAACAGAUAUAGUCACAAAAUAGUUUCAGCUUCACAUCUUCCCCAGCCCUUGGAAAUCUCUGGGGCUUCAGGCAGGCAGGCAGUUCUAACUUAGGCUCAAGAGCCUUGUCUUCACCCUCUGGAAUGGUUCAUAUCAAGAGCUCAUUGAAGUGAUGGAGUUGGGGCCUUAUAUAGUGUCCUGGAGCAGCUUCCCACAGUUUCUGCGGCAGGUGUUCAUGUUGGAAUCCCUUUCCCAUCCUUUGAAGUCAAAGUAUGAGCUGGCUCAGAGCAAAGCCACUCCUUUCUUUCCCAUGCCUGUAGCUGCGUUCCUUAUCUCAGUGACUAUAUAUGGAAAUAGAAGCUAAAUUGAAAAACAGGAGCACCAUCUACUGGCUGUUUCCCUGGCAAUACACCUAGCUGAAGAAGUCUUCUCAGGUGCAUGUGCAGGGGUGUUUAAAAGCAUGUGCAUAUGCCUAUUUUACUUACUAUGUGUUUCCUGAGUAGUUCUUGCAGCACUGACAAUCUGCAGCACUGAUCUUUUCAUUUCCCUGCCAUGCUCACUGUCUGUUACUUAUUUGGGGGGUUAGAUGGCAUGGGCAUAAAAUAGAUUGAGAUCUACAGGUAAAUUUCUGGGUGACUCUGUAGUUCGACACACAUCUCUGACUCUCAGUGGAGUAAUCAGGAGUGGAUUUCCAUGUGGAAGCGAAGAACCCUGAGGAAUCAGGCCAAUGGCUGACCUAGUGCUGCAUCCAAGUCUUACAGUGACCAACGGGAGGCCUGUGGGAAACCUGCAAGCUGAACCUGAGUUCAACAGCACUUUCCCUUCUUGCAGUUUACAGCAACCGGUAUUGAGAAUGAUGAUGAUGAUGCCUCCGAGAGUAGAGGUGAAGCAAAACCAUGGCUAGUAGCCACUGAUAGCCUUACCCUCCCUGAAUUUGUCUAAUCCUCUUUUAAAGUCAUCUAGUUGGUGGCCAUCACUGUGGGAAUGAGUUCCAGACUAUGGAAGAUGGACCUCUUUCAUCUGUCCUGAAUCCUCCAACAUUCAACUUUGGAUGAAUUCUAGUGUUAUGAGAGAGGGAGAAAAACUUCUCCAUUCUCUCCAUGCCAUGCAUAAUUUUAUACACUGAAAAUAAUCUCCUUGGCUCAGAAUUUUUAAGUGUGUGCUUUUUGCACUGGCUGUUUGGUACUCUCAUAAAAAAGCCUGCCUGAAGUCUGUCGUCCCUUGCUCUAAGAGACGACUGGUGUCUCCUUUCUCUAUUGUGGCACAGCAGACUCUGGACAUUGGCUGCGGGCUGCUGUAUGAACCAGGGACUAAGUCAUAUAGCAUAUGGGCAAAAGUUGUCCUCUUGCGCCACAGACACUAUAUUAUCAUAUAAACCUCCUGAUGCAGCAGGAGACAAGACAGCUGCAGUUCCUCAUGACCAUUCCCUUUGCAGUACUGUUGUCCCCCUUCCCUCACCUGCAAAAAUCCAGGUGUGCCACGCUGCAGAUAUAAUGGAGAGAGAUGGCAAAACUAGGUUCCUGCAUUGGCUCUUGGUUUAACGGAUUUAAAGGCUCAUGUCUUCCAUCAGUCUUAGCUAAAAGGCAACCAUAAGACAUAAUAUCACUUAUUGCACCAGGCUGGGUAGCAACCUAUACCCAUGCACCUGUGCAAAAGCAUAUGUGGGCAAUCUUAUCUGUCCUGAGAACAAAAGCUACUAUUUGAAAUCUAUGUCUGAGAAGUAAGUCCUAUUGAACUCAGAAGAGACUCAACUCUUAGCAAAUAUGUUUACCUGCCAAACUGCUUCUACAAAUGAUGUUUAAAUAUGCUGGAACAUUUCCUUUGGUUUUGCUGCAAUUUGAAUUUAAAAUUUGCCUUGCCCAGAAUACUAAACAUAGCUGCAAUCCUAGGAGUAAACCCCACUGAACUCAAGGAGACUUACAUCUGAGAUGACGUGUAUAGGAGUCUCUAGAGCUGUAGUUCUGUCUCCCAUUUUCUAUCCUGCUUUAACAACAUUCACACAAGUGUUGCCUUCCAUAUUAGAAUGGACUCUUCUUAAGUCAAUUAUGUAAUAAACACAACCAUAUUUAUGUCCUUGGUGAAGAUAUAAAAUCUCUCCCAUUCUUUGGAUCCCUCCUCAAAAAAACCCUUUCCUCAUUCCUGGUUGAAAAACAUAGCCUAUUACUUUCCCUUGGAUUUAUCCUGUGUGUGUCCCAAGUCUCAACCACUCCUCCCCAGUUGUUACCGUGUAUAUUUCUCUUGAAUGGGGAGGCACCACCGAGAUUUCAGUUAUGAUCUAGGCCAGGAGUCAGCAAACUUUUUCGGGGGGGGGGCGGUCCACUGUCCCUCGGGCCUUGUGGGGGGCCAGACUAUAUUUUGGGGGGGAAAGUGGGGGAGAAAGAAUUCCUAUGCCCCACAAAUAACCCAGAGAUCUAGGCAGAUCUUUCUGUUUAUGCAUUGUUAGUUACAACAAUAAUCUUUUUCCCCCCAGCAGUUCCUUUGCAUUUAGCAGAAUUUGGAAUAUUUAUUAUAAUUUUAGCAAAUUAGGGAAGAAGGGGUGGAAUAUAUUGAAACACAAAGGGAGACGGGAAGCUGGUUGUCAUACAGAGCACUUUGUGUUCUGUGUGAAUAAACUUUACCCACUGAGUACUACACUAUUCUGUUUAUAAGCUCUCUGUAAUCACAGUCUAGUUUGUAAUUUAUUUCAUUCAUAUUUAUAUGCUACUGUAUCAUAAAAAUAUAUCACAGUGGUUUACAACAAUACAAAACCAUAAAACCAUACAGUAAUGUUAGAAGAAUUUUAAGGUCUUGUUAUAAGAAAAUACUGCUCCUUUUCCCUUAUGGGGUAUCCAAGAGCCCCUAUAGAGUCCUUAAGUAGGUCCCCUAUUGGAAGGAGAAAAUAACAGGAACCAACCAGAGAAUAUUGAGAAAAAGGGCAGCUAGUAAGCCUGAUCUUUAUUAACUGUUGCAACAGGGUGCUCACUAUCACACGCAGGAGGCAGGAGGACCCAGAACAAUGGUGUGCAAGCCCUAUAUAGACUUUUCACACUGCCCACCCUGUCUACGAUGCAGGGGUUCAAAACAUUACACUCCAAGAGGAUCCUGUUUCUCCCAUUGCUGCUGGAUGCAAAAAGAAAUCAAGAAUGCUCAGCUUGCUGUGUUUAAGACUGCACUCAUAUUUCCUCCUUACCCACAUCAUCCCCAGCUGUAAUCAUUAAAACAACUGCUCUCCUUCCAACUCUAAAACUCCACUUGAAAAGCUUUUGUCCUUCUAACUAAUUAUGAGUGGAGAGAGAGGCCCCUCCCAUUUGCCCUCUGGCACAGCGCCACCCACUUUGUCCCACUAUUAACUCAUAUUUAGUGGGCUAUUACCAGGCUGGCUCCUGGCUUGUAUUUUAACAUGCUAAAUCCAGUGUGUGACACCCAGGAAUUUGAAGGGAGUCCAGGAACUCCACAAACUCAACAAUACCUUUAAUGAGAAAUUUAAAUUUCAUGAAAUGUUAUUGCAGGCAUUCCUCAUUCCUGAUGCCUGGCUCCAAGCCAUCCUCCAGUCCACCUCCCCGUACUCUACCACAGCCCAGUCCAAGAAGAGGUGCUCAGAUGCGGCCGACAGUGUUGACUUGUGCUGCACCACGCAAGCAAGAAGUAAGUUGGUGGGGAGUCAACCCCACUCAUAGCAAGUGCCAGAGGUUGUCCUGAUCAGACAGUUGCCAAGGUGUACCUGUUGGGAUUUUGGUAAAUAUACUGCUAUAGGCCACUUCAGUCUCUGCCAAGCAGCAGCAAGAGAUUCCAAGGGUUUGGCACUUAACCAGGGUUUGUACUUCCUUGGAAAGAGGAGGCACAGCAGAAACAAGUGCCUUUAAGAAAUCUGGUAUAUUCACACACACUGCUUUUUUUCUAACAAAGUGUUUAGGGGUACUGUCAUUUUUCUACUCAUAUUGAAAUAUUGCCCCUCAAUGAGACCAAACAGAUUCACAAAAUGUUUAGGGGUAUGCAUACCCCUGCGUCUCCCCAGAAAAAAAUUACUGUUCACACAUAUUUACUGUAUUUUUCACUCUAUAAGACGCACUUUUUCACCUCCAAAAAUUAAGGGGAAAUGUGUGUGCGUCUUAUGGAGCAAAUGCAGGCUCCGUGGCUUCAGCGAUAGCGACACGAAGCCUCCGAAGCGCAGAGGGAGCACUCCCGCCACACUCCGGAGGCUUCUCACUCUCUAGGCUUCAGGUUCCUUUCAAUGAAGCCAGGAAGACUCUCCUGGUUUCAGCGAAAGGAACCCGAAGCCUCCAGAGUGCAGCGGGAACUCCCGUUGUGCUCCGGAGGCUUCGCGUUGCUUUUGCUUUUGCUGUUUGUUUUAAUUCUAAUAAUAAUAAUAAAUUUUAUUUAUACCCCGGCCGAGACUGGGCUCAGGGCGGCUAACACCCAAUAUAUAAUACAUUAAAAACACAAAAUCAAGCAAUUAGAUUUAAAAUACAAUUCAAAAUCACAUUUAAAAUCAAAAUAAAAUUAAGUGGGAACCCACAAAUCAUAACUGUAGGUGUAAGGAAUUAAAUGUUCACCAGGCCCGGCCACCCGUGCUGGUCCCAUAUGGGCCAAUAGAAAGAACCAAGGAGGCCACUUACACACGGGGUCCCAUAGAAAGAAAGAAGGGGGUCAGACAGGGCCCAGACCAAAGGCCCAGUAGAACAGCUCUGCCUUGCAGGCCCUGCAGAAAGAUUCUGUGGUAAAGAGCAUGUUUUCUAGAAGAAAGCUGCUGGACAAAUGCAAAACUGCUUGGAUCUGUGCCUAGAAAUCACAGGACAAGUGGAAAAACUAUUCCAACCUAGGACAAGCAGAAAUGUGGAUGAGCACUAAGAUUCAUGGAAGUCUUGGGUUAUCCCUAUCUUAAAGACUCCAGGAGGAUUCACAACUGAGAUUCCUGGAUUUCAUUUGACUCUCUUGUUUUCCUCAGGUCACUCACACAGAUGGCAGUGAACUGCCCCUUGUCGUCCUGCCCCCUUCUGGGUUGUUACUACCCCAGGGAGCCCAUUCAGCAAGUUCAGGCCCUGCCCCACCCCACAGUAAGUAGAGGCAGGGGAAAGGAUGGCAUUUGUGAGUGGGAAUAUAGCAGCUUCCCUACCUAUUCUUGUCUCCCUUUGUUUCAGGGAACAACACUGAGAAAUGGGACUGGGUUCAGUUCCCAGCCCCCCCUGCACUCCAUCCCAGAGAGAGGUCCCCUGCGAAAGGAACACCUAUGGACAACACCCCUUGCUUUCACAGCCAUGAGGAAAGGUGAGCUGUCCGACUGCCCUGAAUACCUCUUUCGAAACCACAAGUUUCUGGUACCAAAAGCACCCCUACUAGAUGCCUUAAUUUUUUAAGAAGGUAAACAGGUCUAUACCUCCCAUUGCAGUUUGCUUUAUUAAAUAUAUUAUUCAAAUGUAUACAAAAAAUCAUACCCAUUACAAAAUAUAUUUUUAUAAUACGCUGAAAUAAAACAGGAUAGCUCAGUUGGUAGAGCAUGAGACUCCUAAUCUCAGGGUCGUGGGCAAAAGUGGAUGCCCCUGCCACACCUCCUGUGGCGUUACUAGAGCCACUAAGUGAUGGAAGUAAGAGAACCCCCUCUGCCCACAGCAGCUGCCAAAUCAGAGUCCCAUCAGCAAAAUACAGAGACCACACUGCAAACAGGCACCUCUAGGUUGGUUAAAAUAUUUUGUUUGCUAAGGGGAGAGGGGUCUUGGGUAGGCCAAGGGGCGUUAUGCUUCGAUGUAGUACUUUUUGGACCUGUUGAACUCCUGUAGUUUGCAUUCUGCAAAGCUCCAGUUAGUUUCAUUUUGCAUUCUUGUUACAUAGCAAUAAAGGACAGUUAUGUUUGAGAGGCCUGCUUCCUUCUGAUAUGCUUUCCUGUUACCCCAACACAACAAAACACAAAACCAGGAUUUUUGUAGGAUGGGCCUGAGAUUGCGAGCAGCUCCUUGGCAUUGUCCCUGGGAGAAAGCAAGACAGCUGAACCUAGUGGCUGAAUGUCUCGGACUUGUUUUCUCUUGCAGAGUCAUGUGCAGAAUGCGCAGAGAGUGGCUGGUGCAAGAAGAAUUGGUGAACAAAUUAGCUCUGCAGGUAUGGACAAAGUUGGCAGGUGGUGGGAUGAGGGAGGGGGGUGGACGCUGACACAGUCACUGUGAAGGAAGCCUGCAGAACAGAGAGCUUGCUAGGCGUAUGGUCCUCCAAGUAUAGCAUCUUAUGUAGCCAAAAUGGCAACACUCACACACAAGAGGGAGCAAGAUUUGGGAAGUACGUACAGUAAAUCUUAACAUCUUGUGGGGGAACCUCUCAAAUGACCCAGUUUGGGCUGAGCACAUGCUCAGUAGGUAUGGUGGGGUGAAGAGGGAGGGGAGUGGAAUAGAAUGGAAUGGCUGGGAACCUGAACAGCAGCAUCCCACUAUUUUGUUGUGGGUCCCACUAGUUAGCAUUAUUUUCCCAAAGCCAUGAGUUUUUCCAGAGCUGGUGUGUGGAGAUUGCAUUUAGGUGAAAAAGGAGCAAGAGGAAAGCAAGAUUCUUUUUUAAAAAAAGAAAUGGCAAGUGAAUAGUAGACAACCGCAGGUUGGGGAGAGAACAAUGAAGUCUUCUGAGGAAGCAAAAGCUCAGUUUGCUGAAUCAGAGAGUUUUCAGCAGGCAUGGCCACUGCUGCUUUCUGAAACAACAACAAAGACAAAACUUGCUCUUUAAAAAACAAUGAAAAGAUUUUCCAGACCCUUUGCACUCUGUCCCUUGUUCAGAGGAACUUACAUCCGAUUGAUAACCUAGGCUAUGACUAAGCAGGAGGAGACAUGCGUGGUGCAUCUAGAAACUGAUUGUGCUUUCUUCUCCACCUUCCCCCAUGAUCUAGCUGGCACAAGAGAAGCAGAAACUGUUAGUAAUGCGCGCAGAGUUGGCACCUGCCUUCCUUUCGCAGCAUCCAGAUGCACCAGUGCCAAUCAUUUCAUGCCAGUCUGAAGGGCCAAGGAAUGAGUUUGAGGGUUUGGAAUGCCACUCUAACAGCCAUGGAGCCCACCUCUGUUCAGGUGAGAAGUGUUGGUGGAGAAUGGAGGCCAGGUUCCAUCCCCUUCACUAAGCUCUAGAAAUGGAUGGCACAUUCCAGCCAUUAGAUUUCAGGAGUGGGCAUGAAAUAUAAAAUUCUGUUGUCUGUUUAGGGUGUGGGGAGGGUUGUCGGAGCCACAACAGGGUUGCAGUGAUUGAAAACAAUGCCAGUUUCUGAGAAAGGAAAGGGGAACAGUUCAGGAGUAAUUCUAGCCACACACAGUGGAAACAUCAGAGUCCAUGCACUGAAUUUCACACCAUGUUUUACUCUUAGCCAUUCAGGUGAGUCAGUUAGCAUACCAUCUCACCUCUGCUUGGGGUUCUUGGAGCGCUCUGUGGACUAGUAAUGUGUAUUCCUAUUAAAGGGCAUGCCCAUAUUAUCAGUCCCUGGUAACAUCAUAUAGAGACCUUGACAAUGCUAAGCUCGAUUCAUGGAUGUCCUGGACAGUCAGAAUGGAAUCAUCUGUGUUCUACGGUCCUCCUUGAACAAGAGGACAAGAGCAACAAAGGGGUAAUAUGGCACCCAUUCCAUUUUGAAGCUGAUUUGAGGCUGGCUUGUUGUCAUGCUGCCUCAGUUUGACAGUUAGAAGUGAGUAAGCAUCCUAAAAUCUGAGCCUCCUGCCAUUUAGAUGCUGCAUCUGAAGGCUUGAUACAAAGCAAUGUCCCUGAGCAUGAGCAGAGUGCCCUUUCCCACAAGUCGCCACAGUCAGUCUUGACUGCUGUAGAGUUACGGGAUCUCACACAGGUUUGAAGUCUGCCAUUUAGGAAAGAGUGUCUUGGCUGACUGGGCUCUCAAGCAGAAGAUGAUUUGGAACCAGAAAUCUCCAGCAAAGAAUUGCUCCUACUAACACCUCCAGCCUCAUUUCUGUCUACAGAGAGAAGCCCCAGCAUAGAAUAUUACCGUCACACUCUCAACCGCCCACCUUUCACGUACGCUGCCCUUAUUCGUUGGGUAAGUUAUUUAGCAAAAGGUAAAUACGAAAUCCCAUACAUAUAGGAUACAACUAUAUUUUUUAAAUGCUAUGCAGCUUUUUACCAGAUCAAAACCCCAAAAUAUGAAUGUUGUUUUCCUGAUUGAAUGUCCUUGCAAUAGGCACCAUUCUUGUUGCCCCUAUAUGCUAUUGCCUCCCUUCUCUACUUCCUGGCUUCAGCAGCACUAUCCUUUGCCCACAAACCUCUUCCUUCUCUGUACUAAGUUGCCUUCCACUUGUGUCUGUUUCCUGUAGCCAACAACUUUCUGAAAAGUUCACUGUGUGGUUGCAACACACCCCUAAAGAAUGGGAUGGGGAAUCUGGCCCUCCAGAUCAUCCCAUGUGAAAAGAACCUAUGGGUCUUGGUGGGCACAAGCCUGACAUGAGUCACAAGCUUAAUUCCCAUCAUUCCUGCCUACUGGCUAUGCUGUCUGAGGUUGGUGAGAGUUGGAGUCCAUCAACCCCUGGAGGACUUCAGGUCACCUCUAUCUGCAUUGACAGAAAAAGUUCUACCUGGAUCACUAAGCCAGUGAGGACUGAAGGGCAUCUAAAGGGUCUUUCGGUUUGGGUUUUUAAAAAGCCCAUUCAUCUGAUCACAUACUUCACAUGGAAGUGUAAUUAGUGGCAAGUGGGGGAUUGUGCAGGGCUAGACCUAGCUGUUAGCAACUCAAGCAGCUAUUUUAGGCAUCAGUACUUUAAGAGGUACAAUGACAGGCAUAUGUCACACAUAGAAUGCUUGGCCACAGCUCUCCAACAACAUACAAGUGUUGAGUUGAGCCUAGUACCCACUGGGGCCCACUUCCAGCGAUGUGCAUGGCAGCUGUCAGAGAAAACAAAACAUUUCAGCCUACCCUUUGAUUCAGGCUCCAUAACUUACUGUACAAUGCUCGCAUGGGCUCUCAAAAAGCAGGGGUUGCCAUCUUUCUUGGGCUAGUGAGCAUCUUUAGAAUUCUGAGCAUGCAUCACAUGGCUGCAAUGCACACCUGGCAUAACCCAAAGUGGCUGCCACAUCUCAAAGAGCAGAAAAGGGUGUGGGCAUCUGCAUCAGUCACCAUCAUACUUGCUCAGAGAGUGAGGGAUGCUCUUUUCACCUCUCCUUUGUUCAGAAGACAGUGCAGCCAGGAACUGAGCAGGAAGAACAAACAGUCCUUUCUGCAUUGUGGAUUUUUGAGGUGUUAUUUACUGAGGCCUUUUACAGCCACCAUAGGACAUAGUUGUGGGUACAUAGGUGAGCCCUGUGCCAGGCACACUGAACCUCCCUCCCUCCCAUCACCUUCCACAUGCAUCCAAUUUAGCACAACAAUACUGGGAGCACAGAAGGCCCUUUUGUUGCUUUUCAAGAAGACGCUGAGAUACCUUUGCCUCAAAACCAGGCUGUUAACCAUACCUGCCUAUUACUUGCAGGCCAUCUUACAAUCUCCUAAGAAGCAGCUCAGCCUGAGUGAGAUUUAUCGCUGGUUUAACAACUUUGGCUACUUCAGGCACAAUGUAACCACCUGGAAGGUAAGGGGAUCCCAUUCUUAAACUGAGAAUCAAGGGGAAGCCUCGUCUGAAAGAGCAGAAGAGGCAGAUAACAGGCGGGAGGAUAUGGACAGAGCAGGCAUGAAAUGUCCCUCUUUUUAGAUUGAAAUCUCAACUACUGAGCAAGUGAGAUCAGAACCCCCAAGUUUAAAAAUUAAUUUUUAAAAAUCAAAAGGACUUUGAUGUGUACACUUUGCAGAAUUGGAAACACAAUUUCUCCAGACUAGGGAACCAGGACAGAAAUGAAUGGUGAAAAAUGUGGGACAGCACUUUAUAAGUAUUAUAAUAAUAAUGAACAGACUGAAAGAGGUGAGUUUUAGAACCUUGCCUCAGAAGCACACCCCACCCUGUAACACUCAAGAGAUAAUAAAGGUAUUUGAUUCUCUACUGCCCAAGAAACCAUGGGGAAGGCUGAUGGCUUAGUCCUAAGUACCCUCAGUAGAAAAUCUUCAAGUAGACUGAUCUUGGUUAGCUGGAACUAUGACUCAGUAGCCUGGUUUGCACAUAAUGCUAAGCCAAGCUAUGGCUUUUGUGUUAAUGAGCAAGCUUGCUGGUACACAGUAAUAAAAUGGCAGCCUCUUCACUUCUCUCUUGCUCCUGCAACACUACCUGGAGCCAAGCCUUAGUUUAACUUAGCAUUAUACGCAAACCCAGGCUCAUUGUUUGUCUCUCUUCAAACAAAUCAUGUGCUUUAAACAAGGUUUGUUCUUGGCUUACUGCUCAUGGUUGGUUUGGCACAAGACAAGCCACAAGACUGAAGUCACACAGAAUGUUAUGUCAAACUAAGGCUUGGCAGUGCAGGAGGACAAAAGUGGCUACAGUCUUCUUACUGUGCAUCAGUACACUUGCACAUUGACACUAAGCCAGGGGUUCCCAAAGUGUGGCCCAUGGACUGAGUUUCAUUCAAGUAGCCCACGACAUGUCUGCAGAUUUGCUGUUAAAGACAGGAAAUGGCUCCCCUAUCCAUCAAAUAGUCAUAAUGAUUUUUAAUUGUAUUUCAUUGGUUCUCUUAUUUCUUAUACUGUUUGAAUUUGAAUUCCAUAGAAUUUAAAUUGCAAUACAUAGAAUCAUACAAUCAUAGAAUUUUAGAGUUGGAAGGGACCCCAAGGGCCAUAUACGCCAACCUGCUGCAAUCUUAAAAUGUGGUCCCCCAUUCAAUUAUAAACAAUACUGGACCUUGCUUAGCUUUGCAAAUGUGCUAGCAGUUUUAUUGCUGCACCACUACAAUAAAUACCAUAUAAAAAUGUUCUUAAUAAAAGAAGCAAUAAAAACACAAUGCCUUACCAUUGUUAAAACAGAAAAUAAAUAAUUAAGACCCUAAGCAAAGCUCAAGCCCUCUAUGGGAGGAAAAAGUUUGGGAAGCACCCACUAAGCCACAGCAUACAUAGCUUAGCAUUUGGGGCAAACUGAGGCAGUAUAAGAUGGCUUGUUUAUUUUACUGUAUAUUCCUGGGAUCACAGUGUUUAUUGCAGAUGAAUACAUUUCUAUUCAUUUCUAUAGCAAGUACUUUAUAAAAUAUUAGUUCUAGAACGCCAUAGAGCAGGGUUAAGGGGCUGAAGAUCCUGCUAAGAGGGUUGAGGGGCACCUGAGGGAGGGAGACUUUGGCAGAGGGACGAGAGUUAAGUCGGGGUAAAGGAGAAGGCAGGUCUAAUGGCCAGGGCACCCUACCCAUCUUUUCUCAACCAACAGAAUGCCAUUCGACACAACCUGAGCUUGCACAAGUGCUUUGUGCGUGUGGAGAAUGUGAAAGGAGCCGUGUGGACGCUGGACGAGUUUGAGUACCAGAAGAAAAGGAACCAGCGUUACUCCACUUAUUCACACCCAUAUCUGGACAGCCAAGAAGCAGCAGCAGGGUCUUCUGCAACCCAAGAGAGACUGGGCCAGCCAAGAACAGAAAGGCGCACCCACCACAGGCUGGAGUCCUCUCCGCACUUUUUGUUUCCUUAG